CCUGCCUGUCAAGAAUAAAUUGCUGGAGUGUCUACGGAGUACACCUGGAGAACUAAUGAUGGGCUAAACUGUGUUGGGCCUCGUCUACCGUUUUGCCCAGUGGAAAACCAUGCUUGCGCUUCUAGUAUAUCCUGCCAGCUGCCAGCUGCCAGCCACCACCACCACUACCACCACUAUCACCACCACGGGACAAGCAAGGAAUAAUCCUUCACGUCGCCCAAGAUGGUGUAGGACUGUGGAAACUGCUUCUGCAUCAUUGGAUCUCACCCCCUGCCCCCGUUCCCACUCCAUCAAUUUCGGGAGGUUCCCCAGGCCAAGGAUCACUGCACUCGGUGGUCAUAACUGCCUUGGUUCGGUCGAGAAUAUAUAUCGUCCGUCCAUUCGGAUCUUCCGCCCACCGCAUUAUACACUCCAGACCUGGCAUUUUACGGUCGUACAAAGUUGACAGAGGAUUUUGACGGCUUGGCCCGGGUCUGUCACGGGGUAGAUAACAGAAUCCUCCC